GAGUUUGGAGCGAGCUGUGAUUUGUCUGCGGGGGUCUGGAUUGUCCCCCACCCGCCUCGAGCUACAUUGCUUCCCUCCGUUCUUUACGGGUUCCCUUAUGGAGACCGUCGCCCCUGUUCCUCCCGGCCCCGGGUCGGGACCGUUUCCCUCGCUUUUCCCCCCGGGGCUACACGGCAUCUACGGCGAGUGCCGGCAACUGUAUCCAGAGCAGCCCAACCCCCUGCAGGUCACGGCGAUUCUCAAAUACUGGUUAGGUGGACCGGAUCCUCUGGACUAUGUUAGUAUGUACAGGAAUUUGGGAAGUCCAACUCAAAAUGUUCCUGAGCACUGGCAUUAUGUAAGCUUUGGACUAAGUGACUUGUAUGGUGAUAACAGAGUGCAUGAGUUUACUGGACCAGAUGGACCAAGUGGUUUUGGAUUUGAGCUGACAUUUCGCCUUAAGCGUGAAACUGGGGAAUCUGCACCACCCACCUGGCCAGCAGAGUUAAUGCAAGGCUUAGCCAGAUAUGUCUUUCAAUCAGAAAACACAUUCUGUAGUGGUGACCAUGUAUCAUGGCAUAGUCCAUUGGACAACAGUGAGUCUAGAAUCCAACAUAUGCUCCUGACUGAAGAUCCACAAAUGCAGCCAGUUCAGACACCAUUUGGAAUUGUAACAUUUCUCCAAAUUGUUGGAGUAUGUACAGAAGAGCUUCAUGCAGCACAGCAGUGGAAUGGGCAGGGUAUUCUAGAAUUGCUUCGGACUGUUCCUGUAGCAGGAGGUCCAUGGUUAAUCACAGAUAUGCGACGUGGGGAAACAAUAUUCGAAAUAGAUCCACAUCUGCAAGACCGAGUUGAUAAAGGGAUUGAAACAGAUGGCUCAAAUCUAAGCGGUGUCAGUGCAAAAUGUGCCUGGGAUGACCUUAGCCGGCCACCAGAGGACGAUGAAGACAGCAGAAGUAUCUGCAUUGGUACACAUCCUCGACGAUUGUCUGGAAAAGACACAGAGCAAAUUCGAGAAACUCUACGAAGGGGACUAGAGAUUAACAGCAAGCCAAUUUUGCCACCAAUUAAUACUCAGAGGCAGAAUGGAUUGAACAGUGAGAGAGCACCGAGUCGUAAGGACAGUUUAGAAAGUGACAGCUCAGCAGCAAUUAUUCCUCAUGAACUGAUUCGCACAAGACAGCUUGAGAGUGUGCACCUAAAAUUCAACCAGGAAUCAGGAGCAUUAAUUCCACUUUGUUUAAGAGGCAGAUUAUUACAUGGUCGGCACUUUACAUACAAAAGUAUUACAGGAGAUACAGCAAUCACUUUUGUAUCUACAGGAGUUGAAGGGGCCUUUGCUACAGAGGAGCAUCCAUAUGCAGCACAUGGACCCUGGUUACAGAUCUUACUUACAGAAGAGUUUGUGGAAAGAAUGCUGGAAAACCUAGAGGAUCUGAGUUCUCCAGAAGAAUUCAAGCUUCCAAAGGAAUAUAGUUGGCCUGAAAAGAAACUAAAAGUCUCCAUCUUACCCGAUGCUGUAUUUGACAACCUACUCCAUUAAAGAAAGCUGACGCCCACAAGCAACAGCUUACUGUUUAUUGCCCAAGGACUAAUGGGAGAAUUGAGUAGAGUAAAAGUUGGUCCUGACAAUGUUGCUGCAUAACUACAGCAGAAGAGAGGUUACUCAACAACAGUUCAGCCAGAAAUGAGCAUGUCUGGUUCUCUCCUUUUUCAUCAUGGCUGAACUCUUGAGUAUCUGCAUAUGAAUGAGUACAAGAGUUAGACUGAAGAAGAUGUAUUCCAUUAUGAAUAGCCGCUGUAAUACAUCUUCUACUAUUUUAACUGGCUCUAGAACUGCCUGCUGCCUUAGUUCAGGGUUUAUAUUCCUCAUCCGCAUUUAUUGUACACAUUUUUCGUCUGUAAGCACAUAAUUAUUAUGUUUUCCAUAAUGCCAAACUUCUUUUGUUAGCCAGGCUCUCCUUAGCAGAAUUAUUCCUUUAAUCCAAGUUGCAAUUCCAAAAAGAAAGUGAGAUUCUCCACAUGUAUUGAAAGUAAAUAGAGUAAAAAUUACUCUAUUAUCUUGGCCCCAGGCAUUUCUUACGGUUUGGCUGCAGUGAAGUUAGGUGGGUGGGUUUGGUCUCUUAGCUUAGAUUAGUUGAGUGUAACUAAAUUUUAGAGCCCAAAUUUUGAGCCUUAUCAUAAAAUGAGCCUUUCAUUUGCUUUUCUGUAAAGAAUCAUUACUAAGAUAAUAUGCAAAAACAGGUUAAUGAUAAUAAUAUCAGCAACAACUUUCAAACUGAUCCUGUGAAUAUUAACAGAUUUAGAAAGAAACCUAGCUGUAUUCAGUUGGACUUAUUUCUAAAUAAAUGUAUGUUAAAUUAUAAGUUUUUAUGUAUUACUUUGAGAAUGUUUGGGGACAAUAAGCCCCCUCCAACCCAACCCUUUUCAGACACUUUAAUUGAUAAGAUAACCCUGAGUUAUUGGAUUAUAAAGCAUAUUAAAUAAUCACUCUUAUUUCUUUUAUUGAUGACCAAGCAAGAAAUAUGAGUGAUUAAUUUUAUAUGCUUUUCUCAUUGUAGUCACUGAGCUAUAAAAUGAGUUAAUGGCUUAUCUUAUUUGUAUUAGCACUGUUAGCA